CCGGGCUGGGGCCCCUGGGUCACGCGGCCAGCGGCCGGAAAGGGGCCCCAGCAGGCCUACAGAGGGCCCAGAGGUCCAAGCUGCCUUGCCUCGGUUUCCCUUUGCAUGCAUCCGGGCAUCUCCCACAGCUUGUGUGCUGAGGCCGUGGGUCCUCCAGGAUCUGAGAGCACUGAGGGGAAGAGGCUGCCCUGAGGGGUGACUGCCCAGGCGGGGUCCUGGGGCGGGGCCAGGGCACUAGGGCUCCCGCCCCCCCGGUUUCCUCCGGGGUCAGCCCGGCUCCUUAUCAGGCGCGGCCAGGCGACUGGGACCUUAUCUGUGGCGGCCCAGCAUCCUCUGGCCCCUGAGCCAGGGUUGAGAGGGAGGAAACCCGCCGCUGGGGGCGGGGAGAAGGCAGGCCAGCCCCCCAGCUACCCCUGUUCCCGGGGUUCCCGGGACCCACGCUGACCGCCGGCCGCGGCCGCCCGGACCCUGGGGAACCCAGGAGGGGCCCGAGGGGGCGGCCUGGAGGGCGUUUACCCUAUGGGACCGCGGACACUGCAGCCGGGCCUGAACGUCCUGCCCUGAAGACAGAGCCAAGACGAUCAUCAGAACGCGGGGACAGAACCGGGGUGAGCACCCCCUCCUCAGGGUCCAUGUGCCCACCCCAAGCCCAGGCGGAGGUGGGCCCCGUCAUGACUGAAAAGGCGGAGAUGGCAGGUGCUCCCAGCCCAGUGCCCUCUGGGAUCCCAAAGUCUGCCUCCCCUGAGCCCCCACCCACAGAUGUGGUAGGCCAUCAAGGCCCUGCCCCACCCCGGCUGCCUCCUGGUGUGCCAGUGAUCAGCCUGGCUCACACUCGGCUCCCAGGCCCAGCCGUGCCCACCACGGAGCUGAGCGCCCUACGGCCCCCCAUGCUGCACCUGUCCUCUCUAGGAUCUGCUCCACCCACCCUGGCCCUGCACUACCCCCCUCACCCCUUCCUCAACAGCGUCUACAUUGGGCCGGCAGGACCUUUUGGCAUCUUGCCUAGCAGUAGGCUGAAGCGGAGACCAAGCCAUUGUGACCUGGACCUGACUGAGGGGCACCAGCCCCAGAAGGUGGCCCGGCGCGUGUUCACCAACAGCCGUGAGCGCUGGCGGCAGCAGAACGUGAACGGCGCCUUCGCCGAGCUCCGGAAGCUGCUGCCCACUCACCCGCCCGACCGGAAGCUCAGCAAAAAUGAAGUGCUGCGCCUGGCCAUGAGGUACAUCGGCUUCCUGGUGCGGCUGCUGCGGGAUCAGGCGGCGGCGCUGGCCGCGGGCCCCGCCCUGCCCGGGCCUCGCCGGCGGCCGGCAACCCGGGGCGGAGGCUCGGAGGGCGGCGCCCGGCUGGAGGCCGGGGCGGCCUGCCGGGCCGCGGCGGCCACGCGCCCCCAGCCCGCUCUCUCGGGGAGCUCCGACGGCCCCCCGGGCGGGAAGGCGCGGCCCAUCAAGGUGGAGCAGGUGGCUCUGAGUCCCGAGGUGCGGUGACCCCCGGCUGCGACGCCUCUGAUGAUGGGGGAGUGGGGCGCAAUCCGCAUCAGGGGACCCCCAAGAUCUGGAGGACCUGAGGACCAGACACGCCAACGACUCUGCUGUUCCGGAGUGAAUUUUCCCCAGGCGGGACCAGUGGAGACGCCCCGGGAAGGGCGAGGAAGACUGGAGAACUGGAGAACCACCCCCCCCCCCGCCCCCGCAGACUUAAACACAUAUUUUUAACUGCCUGCUGACAUCACCCCCCCCCCCCGUGACCUCGCCGCACCCCCUUCCCAGGGGCGAGGGCAGGGCACCAGCCACGUGAACGUGCGAGGACCCCAUGAUGCCCGCUCCCCGGGCCCUCCCCGGCCGGCCGGGGUCGUGAGGGGACGGGCGGCUCGGCGUCGCCCACCAGUGCCCCCUCCUGGCGACCCCUGGGACGGACGCCCCUGGACGGCGCAAGGACUCAGCCCUCCCGGGUCCGGCCCGAUGGAUCGAU